AUGGCGAAAACAGCGAAGGUGAAGAAGGCAACAGCAAAUUCCAGGUCUCGAGCCUCGAAGAGAGCGACUUCUCCCUCCAUCGACGUUGACAAGUCUAUAAAGCAAGCCCCCCGUGCCUCGGAUGUCACACCGUUACUCGCAGCCCGGCCCAAUGGCGGAGUUACAAAAUCGAAGAAGAAACAAAAGCCCUUGACAAGGGGACAGAGACAGAGGCAAGAACGCGUACUCGCAAGGGCGGAAGUCGUUCAAGACCAGAUGUCAAAAAAGGUGGAAGAUGCUGCAGGGCGGCUGAAAAAGAGGCGGGAGCGGAAGUGCAUGUGGGAUGAGGUGAACGGUAGCGUGAACAAAUUCGAGAAGCUGAAGACCCUUGGCGAUGAAGUGGACGAAGAAGAGAAAGACGAAUGGGAGGAUAUGGAAGAGGUGGAUGAGCGUGCUGAUAACCUGCCCGGGACUGCCGAUACCCAUCUGGUCGUGGUCGACCGAACUGCACAUUCGCUGGCCGCGGCGCCGACGGCCGCUGAGGAUGAUGAAGUCGACAAGAUAACAUGA